GCGCAGGAUUUCAGCAGCGCCGAUGAACAUGGGCGCCGAGUCGUACCGCUUCGUGCACGCCGACUGCGCAGCGCCGUCCAUCUUCCGCUCCGAGUACGUCAGGAACAACCGGUCCAGCGGCCACAAGAACGUUCGGUGCUUUCCGCAUUGCUGUGGCGCGCACCGCGAGACGACGUUUUGCGGCUCGUCGAUCGCCGUCGAGGGCGGGCCGGCGCACAUAGUGUAUGGCCGCUUCGAAGAGGUCGACGACUCGGCGAGAGGCGACUCGCGUAUCCUUCCAGGGACGAUCGUACCGAUUGCCGACAUUGUUGCGAACGAGAAGAACGCGGCCAACCCGUUUGGCAUGUGGAUGCACGGCGUCAAGACCGGGAACUCGGGCUACACGUACGAGAUCAACCAGAUGAAGCAGUCGUGGCACUAUGGCUGGGUCUCGUCGCGCUUCAACUCGGAGACGCUGCACCACUUUAAGGUCUACUUUUUUGAAAAAGUGAGCGCCGAUCACUUUGUGUGUUGCGCGUCGCUGCCGUCGCCGUCGUUUUCCAUCUCGUCGAGCCGCAAGACGCGCAAGAAGACGACUAAGGUCACCAAAACCAAGGCCGAACCGCCGAGCGAAAUGCCGGUGGCCUCGACAAGGGCGUCGGAGACUCCGCCGAGUCCGCGAAUCAAGUCCGAGCCUGGACUGCCUGUCGCGCCGCAGCCACCGCAUCCGCCGCAUCCAGCGCAGCACACACUGCAGUACCCACCGCCGCCGCCGCAGCAGCAACAACAGCAGUAUCAACCGCAGCAGCAACAUCACCUGCAGCAAGUCCAGCUGCAUCAACAACACCAGCAACACCAAAACCAGCUACAACAUCAGCACCAGCUACAACAUCAGCACCAAGUACAGCAGCAGCAGGUGCAGCUACAACAGCACGCAAACAACAGCGGCUACAUGCUUCGCAUGCCCGACCUCUCGGGCAGCCUCGUCGCCUUUUUAGAAGAUCGGUAUGCAUCGUUCCCGAGCCAAAAUCCGUAUGCGAUGGACGCCUACACGAUGCAGCCCAUGCAUUACGACGGCGCCAACCAGCGCGCGACGACGAACGUGCCAGCGUACGAAGCCAACCCGUCGCAGUACCCAACGCACCACGCACCCGCGUCCCCCGUGCCGUCAUCCGCACCGUCGUCGGCCUUUAGCUUUUCCAGCUUUCUCACCAAGAUGGAAACCAAGAGCUCGUUGCACUCGGAGCAGCUCACGGACACGUCGCGCAUGGACACGGACUCGGUCUGUCCGCGCAACCCGUCGCGGCUACUCUCGCUGCAAGACCUCACGGCGUCGACCAACAAGCGAAUGCGGCCCGACGAAGCCUGCGACGGCAACACGCGCCGUGACGCGCCGCACAUGCCGUCGUCGCCCGUGCCGUCGUCUGCGUUCAGCUUUUCCAGCUUUAUGCGCCCACCGCCAGGCACAGCGUCGGCGCCAACGCCUGUCUCGCCCGUCGCAUCGUCCUGCGCACUGAGCCUCACGAGCAUUCUCAAGCCUGCCCCGUCGUCGCCCGUGCCGUCGUCGAGCGCGUUUAGCUUUUCGAGCUUUCGACGGCCGCAGGCGCCGCCGUCGCCCGCGCCGUCGACCGUGCCGUCCUGCGCCUUUACCUUCUUUUCCGACAUCAUUGGCGUCGACGACAAGCAGUGUCCGACCAAGAAGCGGGCGACGCGCUACGACUACUUUCAACGCGCGCUGUGUCUGAGCGAGAUUCACUUGCUCAUUGCGUCGAUCGUGACGUUUAACGCGAACGACCUCGACUUUACCGAGGCCAAAAGCCCGCUCCGCGACUUUUACAUUUUUACCGAAGAGUGCGCGACCUUGCCCGUGGCCAAGUGCGCGGUCUCGGAAGGCGCGACGCUGCAGAGCUACGAAGAGACGCUCACGUUUUGCGUCAACCUUGUCCGGCACUCGUUCCGGACGGGCUUGAUCGGCCGGUUCCAGUCCUUUCUGCAUUCAAAAGCCCACUGCAUUUUCAAGCCCGAGCUCCUCGACCAAGCGUACAUUGAUUUCAUCAAAUUUUGCGAAAACGAAGUCGAGACGUACUGCGACGCGUUCCUCGAGUACCUCAAGCGCAACUUGCCGCACGAAGUCGUCGCGCUCCUUCACCACGAGUCGGACGACGGGGCCGAGCCCGCGGGGUACUUUGAGCUCGUGACACAGCUGCGUCAAGCGUACCAGUUCAAGAAGACCGAGGAGCACAACGAGUCGACGCGCGAUGAAGAAGGGUCCGAGCCCGAGGGUGCGAUCGACGCGACCUCCAUCACGGGCCGGUGGCGCCGAAAAGUGCCGCUGCCUGGAACGUACACGCCGGGCACCAGCAGCAACAACCCGUCGUGGGUCUACCGCGUCCUCGGUCUCAAGAUGAUGACGACGUGGAACUUUAUCGAGACCCAGACCGAGCUCCAGAUUGCAUUUGAAGAAAGCUUGAUUCCGAUGCGAACACCGUACUUGCUGACCGGCGACCCGAUGUUUCUAUCGUUCUCGCCCGUCGGACUCAGCAGCAACUAUGCAUACGGCGGUCUCGUGCGCUCGGCCAUGUCCGGCUACAAGGCGUGGCGCAACGAGCACAACCACAUUGUCCUGAGCUGGUACAGCUGGCGCCGCGAGUCGAUAGGCCAGAGCUGCGUCCGCCGGCGCGUCAUCAAGUCGUUUUACCGGACGCCGCUCGACCCGGACACUCUCGAGUGCCACACGAGGAUCGAGGUGGCGACGCAGCCCGAGGCCAAUCUUGGCGAGCUCAGUGUCACGGAGCGCAUCAACUACCCCGGCGAAUGGCAGUGCCUGCAUGACGAGAUGACGCAAUUCGUUCGGAUUCCUGGCCCGCGCAAGUAG